UAUCAACUCCACGACGACAUUCAUCUUGAACCGCGUCGCAGCGCGCUAUCACGUGUCGAAAUCUAUACUCAGUGCUGGCAAUGAUGAGCAUCGAUUUGCAAUGACAGAGAGUACAAAUCGGGAUCCCGACGUCCCUCUUGCGCAGCCACCAAGCUAUCAGACCUCAGGACCGUCGACCCCGGGAGCCACGGGGACCAACGUGCAAAACCACUCCCGUGUGGCGGCUGCAACACGCUCAGCAGAUACACAGAAGUCCCAGUUAGACACCACCUCGGAUAAAUCCACGGCAGCAUUCAUUCGACGCACUCUCUGCUCCCACAAUGUGCUACUGGGAAAUGGCGAGAAAGGACGCAGUACGCCGCGCCCUAUUGAAGACGUGCUGCCACCCUUGACGAGCUCAAACGAGAUCGACCUUCAACUAUACGGCAUCAUCUCCGUUAUCAUCAAGGAGUUCGUACAGACGUGGUACUCAAAGAUCACGCCCGAUCAAGUAUUUGUCAAUGAAGUGAUUCAGAUCAUCGCUCAUUGUACGCGGGGUCUGGAGCAGCGCCUCAGGAAAGUCGAUCUAGAAUCACUAUUGCUAGACGAAAUACCUGAGCUACUCCAAGCCCACCUGAUCUCAUUCCGGAUAGCGAAAACUCAAGCCGCCUCGUCAAUUUCACUAGUAUCAGAUCCUCGUCUGAUAUAUCAUACGCUCCACCCACACCCUGCACUAUCUCCUGUGCCAACCGAUGAUGUUCCGGCGACAGUCCUUGAACAGCGGGAGAGCGAGUCGGCGUGGCGCCAACUGCUUAUCCACGGCGUGCUAGCCCUGUUGUUACCGACAGAAGACUUGAAAAACGGGUGUCUACGCGCCCUGGUAGGCGAAAUAUUUGCAGAGAUGAUCCUUGGAAAUGGCAUUAGCGGAAAAGCCUGCGAAGGCUGGGUGCUAUGGGAGGGCAUCACGAGAAUAGCUGAGGUUUUACAGACCGAUGCUGCGAAGGAAAUGGUUCCCCAAUCGGACGAUGCCGAUGCAGAGCAGUCGUUAACCCGUCUUGAGCGUUAUGGGCUGUUGUCUCCGCAUGAAGGGUCAGAAAUUAGUCCAAAAGGGCCACCGGACGCCGGCCAGCGUCGUCAUAAGACAUCGGCCUUAUACAUCUCGGGUGUACUCUGGGCGAUCAUCCAAUACGCUUUUUUGGCGUUUACUGCGGUGCGCGCGGUGGUCUUGAGUCUUGCGACAUUAUCUUCCCUUCCGUUGAGAUCUGCCACAACCGAGCAGUCAUCUGCUGAAGCAGCCAAUCAACCGCAAGCACUGGAAGCGGAAAAGAUGACUUCCAGGCGCCCGUUGGAGACCAAACGGCCUGUAGUAAGCAUGAGCCUGUGGAGCUGCGUAGCGCAACUUGCCGAGUUGGAUGUCCGCAUGCCCUGGCUGUUGGGCUUCAUCUCCAUGCUCCAUCGUGGAGCACUGCUCGGCCCAGGUAGGGUGGGUGAAACCAAUGGUGUAUUGGACAGGUAAGUUACGAUAAUAUCUCUUUCUUCACUCGCAUCCCCUGGUUGGCUAGCUGGUCAAUUUCUGUGGCACCGUUCGACGCAGGAUGAGAUAGCUCCGCAUACGAUUAAAGUCACUUGACUUCGCUUCAGCGAAUGCGACGGCCCGCACGCUCACACACCAGAACAACCCUGUCGUGGCGCACCGCUUUAUGCAAGCCUCGGCACCCGUUCCGGGCGGCAACUCGACACGUUUCGGACAAGGAGGCUUGGCACAUUCUAGGCUGUCGCUAUUGUCAACACCAUGAGCGACCACACGAUGCCUGCAUCAAGGUCGGGCCAAUCCUGGUGCUCCGCCUCUCAUCAGCAACCACAGAAUACUGCGGGUCGUGCGAAGGGCUUUUGUUCCCUGAGCCGUCAUAUCGCGAUGCUAGCUCUUGUGGAAGGGCCGCUUACGCGCCGGUUGA